AUGUCGGGGCGGAGUGGGAAGAAGAAAAUGUCCAAGCUGUCCCGCUCGAGCAGGGCUGGGGUGAUUUUUCCCGUGGGGAGGAUGAUGCGCUACCUGAAGAAAGGGACCUACAAGUACCGGAUCGGGGUCGGAGCGCCGGUGUACAUGGCAGCUGUCAUAGAGUACCUCGCAGCCGAAAUCCUGGAGUUGGCAGGAAACGCGGCGCGGGACAACAAGAAAGGAAGGAUUGCCCCCAGACACAUCCUCCUGGCAGUUGCAAAUGAUGAGGAACUGAAUCAGUUGCUCAAAGGUGUGACUAUUGCAAGUGGAGGUGUCCUGCCCAGAAUUCAGCCUGAGCUUCUAGCCAAGAAACGGGGUGCCAAAGGCAAAUCUGAGACCAUCCUUUCCCCUGCUCCUGAGAAGAAGGGGAGGAAAUCCAUGGUGAACAAAAAGAGUGGGAAGAAGGCAAAGUCUACCAAGGCCCGGACAUCCAAAAAGAACAAACAAAAGGACAAUGAAAAAGAAGGAGCUUCAAAUUCAACAAGUGAAGAUGGACCUGGGGAUGGUUUCACUAUCUUGUCCUCCAAGAGCCUCGUGCCAGGACAAAAGGUAAUGAAGAGCAAUAACAGACUGGGGCUUUCUCUGACACAGAGUGACAUCAGCCAUAUUGGCUCCAUGAAAGUAGAAGGCAUCGUUCACCCUACAACUGCUGAAAUAGACCUCAAGGAGGAAAUAGGCAAGGCACUGGAAAAGGCUGGAGGCAAAGAGUUCUUGGAAACAGUGAAAGAGCUUCGCAAAUCUCAAGGACCUUUGGAAGUUGCUGAAGCUGCACUCACUCAGUCUAGCGGCCUAGCAGCAAAGUUUGUCAUCCACUGUCACAUCCCACAGUGGGGCUCAGACAAGUGUGAAGAGCAGCUCGAGGAGACUGUCAAGAACUGCUUAACAGCUGCAGAAGACAAGAAGUUGAAGUCUGUGGCUUUCCCCCCGUUUCCCAGUGGCAGAAACUGCUUCCCAAAACAGACGGCAGCCCAGGUGACCCUCAGAGCUAUUUCCACCCAUUUUGAUGGCACCAGCUCUUCCUCCUUGAAGAACAUUUACUUUCUGCUCUUCGACAGUGAAAGCAUUGGCAUCUACGUGCAAGAAAUGGCCAAGCUAGACACUAAGUAGCAACAGCAGCCAAAUGAAACUUUAUUUUUCAACAAA